AUGGUUUGUGCUGAUGGUCUAAAGAUCAAGAAAUCUCAAACACCACAUGCAAGAAGACCCAAGGAAUCUGUUCAAACUAAGGACGCUAAUCCUUCCGUGUCUACUUCUCGUGCAAACUUACCCAAGGAGGGAUCAAAGUAUGUUCACGAAGCCAUUACCAAACUUGUUACUCGUAUCUUGUAUGAACAACAUCAGGUCCCUGGGAUAUCCGUUCCUCUACAAACUUUGAUUCCUGAACCCGCUGCUGUAACUAGGGCAAACAUCAUAGGGAAGUCCUCUAAUGAUGAUGAUGUCCACAUUGUUGAUGAUGAUGUACACACUCCUGAUGGUGAUGUACAAAUGAUUAAGGAGGAAGAGAGUAAUGAUGAUGUUCAUAAAGACAAUGAUAAUGAAGAUGUCACUGAGGAUGUCAAUGAUAUUGGGAAUACUGGUGUUGAUGCUGGUACAGGUACUGCUACAAGUACAGGCUCACAUGUUGUGGACCUUGAUGACUAUUCUGAUAAUGAUCUGGUAGCUUAUGUAAACCCUGGCAUAGCCAAGAGGCUCAUGACUAGGAGGAAAGGUAAGGUUGUUGUACAAAGUUCUCCUAAGAAAAAGGUUGCUUCUAAAAGUCCCUCUGCUGACUAUAUCAGGAAGAAGAGUACCUCUACAGGUCCCAUAAAGAGCAAAGCUGUAUCUCAGAGUGUUUCUGUUGGCCCUACCAAAUCUUGGAGUAAAGUUAUUCCCAAGAAAAGGAAGGCUCAAGCUAUUGUUGACUCUGACUCUAAUGUUGAUGUUGAUGUUCAAGAUAUUCCACUAAGGAAGAAACCAACAACUAGCAAGCUGGCUGCUAGUGUUCCUGAGGUACCCAUUGAUAAUAUCUCCUUUCAUUAUCCUUCCAGUGUCAAUAGGUGGAAAUAUGUUCACCACAAGAGGCUAGCUUUGGAAAGGGAUUUGACUCAGAAUGUCCUUGAGAAUAAAGAGAUCAUGGACCUGAUUCAUGAAGCUGGACUAUUGAAAAUUGUUGUUCAUUUUCCUACGUGCUAUGAAAUGCUGGUUAAAGAGUUCAUUGUAAAUCUAUCAGAAGACUACUCUGAUAGAAAAUCAAAGGAUUUUAGGAAAGUAUAUGUGAGAGGAAAGUGUGUUACAUUCUCCUCAACCGUUAUCAACAAUUUUCUUGGAAGAUCUGAUGAAGCCCAACCUGAGCUGGAAGUGACUGACAACAAAAUAUGUGAGGUUAUCACUGCUAAGCAGGUGAAAGCAUGGCCCCUGAAAGGAAAACUUUCUGCAAGCAAGCUCAACAUAAAGUAUGCAAUGUUACACAAGAUUGGAGCUUCUAACUGGAUGCCCACGAACCAUAAGUCAACUAUUGCUAUUGUGCUGGGAAAGUUUAUAUAUGUUGUUGGAACCAAGACAAAGUUUGACUAUGGUACUUACAUAUUUGAUCAGACAAUGAAGCAUGCCGGGAGUUAUAGUGUGAAGGGUCCUAUUGCCUUCCCAUCUAUCAUAUGUGGUAUAAUUAUGAAUCAGUACCCUAAUAUCCUAAGUGAAAAUGAUGAUUUUUGCAAGAGAAAAAGUGCUUUAUCAUUUCACUACAAACUGUUUCAAGGAACACAUGUUCCUGAUACUAUUACAACAUCGGCUGGAACAUCCAAAGACAGCACAUCUACAGGUAAAGUUGCUGUGAUAGCAAUGCUCAGAGAAACAUGCAAGGAGCUGGAGUCCAGAAAGAUGACUCUUGAAAAAUUAAUCAGCUCUCUUAAAAUGGAAGAAGGUGCUGAGUUUGUUGAGAAUGAAGCAGGUCCUGAAGAAGAUGAAGACGAAGAGGCCAGUCAAGAUGAUGGCACAAAAGAAGAAGAUGGUGUUGGCUCCAGUAGCUCUGAGUCUGAGGACUAG